AUGGGCGGCUCUCUCCAACGCAUGCGCAACCGCGAGGAGCUAACACAGCUCCUCAACGAAGCCUUCCCUGACUCCGCCAAAUUUGGCUCAGUCAAACUUACCCUCGCACCCGACUGGCUAGCAGACCCCGCGCGAUUACAAGCCGAGGGACGCAACGCCUCUACUGUCUCGUUUGCCUUCGAAGACGCAGGAGGUCUCACCUCGGCCCGUCUAAUGAGCUCACCUACCCUAUACAUUUACGGCAGGAAAUGCGAAAUCAAGAAGUUCAACCCAAAACCUCUACUCCAAACCUGCUCGAAAUGCGUCCGCUACGGACACACCGAACGCCAAUGCCGAACCAAAAAACCCCGCUGCCACAAAUGCGGACGUAACAACCACACAACGAAGAACACAACGCGGACAACUGCCCUCGCUGUAUCCGUGACGGCAAAGGCAACCCGUGCGAAUGCGUCUACUGCACGUCCUGCAGCCUCCACGGCCAUCGUUUCAAUACCCCUGAUUGCCCCAAGAUGUCCGAAUUCCGACGCCCCAUCACGCAAAUUGUUGCUAACCGGUCCGCAAACCGCAAUGACUGAAAGACACUGCAUCCAACUUAACGUCGCAGGCUGCAACCCGCGCAUGCACGCCCUGCUCAACGAACCCCUAUACGCGCACUUUGACAUUUUUAUUUUUCAGGACAUCUGGCGACUUCAACCUCCACCACCCAGACUGGGCCCUAGACGGUUCCAAAUGGAAAAACAGACACCCGAACCAAACGGAAAGGAGUUUAGAGAUUACGCUGAGUUCAACGACCUCACAAUUAUGAACCACACCUCGCACCCCACCCGCAUUGCUUCUAACCCGCUUCCAACUCUAUUAUCGAUCUUACGUUUCUUAACAAUAGGGCCGUCGAGGCGUGGCCCGACUUCAACUGGGAAGUAG